AGCUUAAAAUCGAACAUGUCAUUGAAGUAACUCACAAAGCCAUAGAUAGGUAUGACCUUGCCUUCAUAAAAUCAGAAGGGCUCGCAUUGCAAGGAAGGUUUCCUGAACUAAGAAACAAAGCAUCUCUGUUUUGCUUUGCCUUGAAGGUUUUAUUUGUUAAUUAAUCAGUACGUAAAACAUUAAACAAAGUUAUUGCCUCAGCAGCUGUCUUGCCAUUCUUAUUUCUUCUUCUCCUGUAACCUUUAACUCUAAACCCAACCCCCACCACGAAAGAAAACAUCGUGUCGAUCUUCUGAAUCAUGGAUGAAGAGUAUGAUGUGAUAGUAUUGGGUACUGGUCUCAAGGAAUGCAUCCUCAGUGGUCUUCUCUCCGUUGAUGGCCUCAAGGUCCUGCAUAUGGAUAGGAAUGACUACUAUGGAGGAGAAUCUGCUUCCCUUAACCUCAUUCAGCUCUGGAAGAGGUUCAGGGGAAACGAUAAGCCUCCAGCACAUCUGGGCUCAAGUAGGGAUUAUAAUGUUGACAUGAUUCCUAAGUUUAUGAUGGCAAAUGGCAAUCUUGUACGUGUCCUCAUUCACACAAAUGUUACCAAAUAUCUGUACUUCAAAGCAGUGGAUGGCAGCUUUGUCCUCAACAAGGGAAAGGUUCACAAGGUGCCUGCAACUGACAUGGAGGCACUCAAAUCUCCUCUGAUGGGUAUUUUUGAAAAGCGCCGUGCUCGGAAGCUUUUCAUAUAUGUCCAUAACUAUGAAGAAAGUGAUCCUAAAACACACGAGGGAAUGGACUUGACGAGAGUGACUACCAGAGAACUGAUUGCAAAAUUUGGUCUUGAUGACAAUACCAUAGACUUCAUCGGUCAUGCAGUGGCGCUACAUAGAGAUGAUCGCUACCUCAAUGAACCUGCACUGGAUACUGUUAUGAGGAUGAAGCUAUAUGCGGAGUCUUUUGCUCGUUUUCAAGGAGGAUCGCCAUAUAUUUACCCUCUGUAUGGUUUGGGAGAGCUCCCACAGGCAUUUGCACGGCUUAGUGCUGUUUAUGGAGGCACAUACAUGUUAAAUAAACCUGAGUGCAAGGUAGAAUUUGAUGAGGAAGGCAAAGUUGCUGGUGUCACAUCAGAAGGGGAAACUGCCAAGUGCAAGAAAGUUGUUUGUGAUCCUUCCUACUUACUCAACAAGGUUAGGAAGGUUGGGAAGGUUGCAAGGGCAAUUGCCAUUAUGAGCCACCCAAUACCAAGCACCGAUGAAUCUCAUUCAGUGCAGGUUAUCCUGCCACAGAAGCAGUUGGGUCGCAGAUCAGACAUGUACCUUUUCUGUUGUUCUUAUACUCACAAUGUCGCUCCAAAGGGCAAAUUCAUUGCAUUUGUAUCAACGGAGGCAGAGACUGAUCAUCCUGAGGUUGAAUUGAAGCCUGGAAUUGACCUCCUAGGUCCUGUUGAUGAGAUAUUCUUUGAUAUUUAUGACAGAUACGAACCAGUUAAUGAACCUUCAUUGGACAACUGCUUUAUUUCAACAAGUUAUGAUGCCACAACACACUUUGAGUCAACUGUCACUGAUGUUUUGAACAUGUAUACCAUGAUAACUGGAAAGGUUCUUGACCUAAGUGUGGAUUUAAGUGCUGCCAGUGCUGCGGAGGAAUGAAGAAGCUGCAUUUUCAUGCACUGAUAACGUGCAUUGUUCCAAGUUUCUUUGAACACCUUAGAUUUGGCACAUGAAAUCAGACUCGUCUAAUUUGUCUUGUCAUGGGUUUAUCAUUCCUUGUUAUAAACUAUAUACCAUGUGACCUGUGAUAGGAUGUUUAUGCUUUAAAUGUUGUUAUAAUUCGAAAUGUAAGAUUUGCAGCUUUCAUC